AAGACUUAGCAGUUGCAGAAUAUUAUUUGAUUCGGAGUUUAGGAUAGACAUAUAUACAUAUGUGAUGACAGUGGGUGGUAACGAUUGGUCAUCGCGUGGCGGGAGAAACGGCCACUUGGCAGGGGAAUAAUAACGAGAGCCGGUCCAUGGACACACGCACGCGGUGUGGCGAAGAGCUGUUGAAGACGAGAGUGAGAAAGAGACACAAACACGCGCGAGAGGCUUUAUAAAUCGCAAGAAUGCACGUCGAAGCAGUGACACCUCGGCAGACGACAGUGAAAAACGCGCCACGACGACAACAGCGAUCGACCGCGAGUAGCGAACGCAUUUUUCACACUUAACGCGCGUGUUAUAUAUUCGCGCGAGGGACACAAUUAUAAAAAGACGCGACGCGGAAGUUUCCGCGAAGGUACGAAGUUUUUCCACCGAUGAUCGACGAGCAUUCGCGUUUUACUUUUCUUUAUAUAAGGCGGUGAAAAAUCCUUUCGUUACACCUUCGGGAGAAAAAACUCGACUUGAAGAGAUGAUUCGAUCACGAUUAAUUCGCCGUCAUUCUUAAGUUUUUCUCCAACGUUUCUUCAUCAAGUCUCGAACACUCGCGGACGAAGUCCCAACAAACUCGACCGCCAUAUUGCCGCAUCGCAACCCGUACCCUACCUCCGGUCGUUCGCGUCGAGUUCAUUCAGUCGGUUAAUUCCUGCGGAAACGGAUCGACCGGGACUCGCCACCCCGAAAAAGAUUGCAAGAUUCUUCGACACGCGGCUGGGGCCGACGUGCUCCCGGCUGCCGGUGCAUCGAUCGUUGCAAAUUGGAUUACCGUUGAGACUGGGCGGCGGGGACCGCUUUCGAGAGUAGGUACGAGAGCGGAUUCGCGACGCUGCUCAGUGCCGCCGGCGUCGACGCCAAGUUUCCGCAACGAAGGGAGCGAAUUUCGGCACCGUAUUUUCGCGAAGUAUAUUGUGCAAGGCUUAAUUCGGCUCACGCGCGAGAAAGAGCGGCCACCGUCUUGCAAUUAGAAUGCGCUGUUAAGCGAGAGAGCGUGAUCCGGAGCAACGUGACCGAGGGGAAAAAAGAGUGCGCGCGUGCUGUAAGGCUGCGAAUGCACGAACGAAACUUGCUACGCUAGCGGCGACGAGUCGGCAAACGAGUAUCGUAGUAGUGACCAAGCAGAAAAAUGCAGCCACGAGUGACAAUCCAGGCUCUGGCUACGGUCUGGCUGGCGGUGGUGGGUUUAGUAGGAGCAGCAGUCACCCACCGCCUCUCGCACGAUCAAUACUUCCCCGCGUCCCCGCAUCGUCACUCCAGGGUUCAACGAAACCAGAUCAGAGACUGGAGGGAUCCGGCCGAGGAUCAACCACUCGACCUUUGGAUCGGCUCGCGAAGGUCGAUUCCCGCAGAGGAACUACCAGCGCUACCUCACAGCUCCACCAAGUUUACCGAGCAAAAUUUGCCGCUUGAGAGAUCCCCGAAGGAGGACAUUGUCUCUUCAAAGCGAGACUACCCCUUUUCGGCUUGGCAGAAGUGGUUACUGAAUAUCGCCGGUGCGGAAUUCGAAGCCGACAAAGUCGAUUACGGUUACGAGAUGCCGCAGACGCUUUCGCGCGAAACGGUGAUACUUCCCUCAGAUCUCUUGGACGAUCCCUUUGUGGCGGAUGACACGUUUCAAGAUCAAGGACCGGGCUCGGUGGAGAUAUACAAGUUGGAUCUAUCCAAAGAGAAUGUUUUGCUGACCGCAACCACGCCCACCAACGAUUUAUUGCCGAAAAACAAGAGCAAAUCCCCGAAGAAGACAAGCCAUCUGAACUCCAAGACAAAGACAACAGAGAUUAAGUUAACGACGACGCCGAGUACGAAGACUCAUCACGAGCAAUCGAACGUGUUCGAGGAGCAACGAACCGAAACGCCUUCGGUCAACACGAACUCCUUUGGCGUCGGUGGCGUGCCGGAGCUACAGGUUGGUUGCGAAGGUCUCGAAGCGUUGUCGUCGUCGUCGUCGUCGUCCCACAAGGCGAAAAGAUCGAUAGAUACGCCCGACAAGGAGCAACGGCAAGUGCCCGCGUCCAUUCUACAAGACGUGACGCCGAUAUCCCUAGAUUUUGACUAUGACUUGACGUACGACGACGAGGAGGAAGAAAUGGACGAGCUGUUAAAGCUUAAAAGAUCAGAAACCACAAAGAAGAUCAAGACAAACAGGGGCGAUAUGGACGCGAGCUAUCUCGAUUCCGAUCAUUUAUCUAACCAACCGGACAGGUUACCGGUUCGUGGGGAUCUCGGUGAAUCCACACAUUCAGACGAGACGAGAAUCGAACGGAACGAGUCACUCAGGAAAAUCGAAAUUAAGAAUCGAGAGGAGAUUAAAGCGAAACGGAUGCCGAUUUUAUCGGACAAUGAUGAUGGCGCCAGCAAGAAUCGCGGUCGACGAUUGCUGUGGCUCGCCGAGGCAAAUACCGAGGGAUUUGCGUACGACAAAAGCGAGCAGAAACGCGCCGAGCGAUCGAUCGAUUGGGGUUUCGGCGAGGACGAGGGCGUCGUGUCCAGUAACGAGUUGCAAACCAUGAACGCGCGUCGUAGGAAGCACGACAUGCGAUAUCAUCAAGACGCUGCUCGAAAACGUGACCAGUAUUACGAAGUGAAUUCCGACAUCAAUAAGAUCAGGCGAGAAUACGAGGAACAUCUCGCGCAAAAACGCAGAAAAGAGGAAGAACAAAGAUUGCGACAACAGCAACAGAAUGAUCGAAAAACGCCGAACAGAUGGAUGGAGGAAGAGGAAAGGAGAAGAGACGAAAUGCGGACGAGACAGUACGAUGAGUAUGUCAGGAAGAUGAAUCAUAUUCCCGCAUCUCGUACGGAAGAUGAUGAAGCGCGACGACGACAAAUGGAGGAACGACAACGAGAUGAAGAGGAACGAAGACGACGAUUGCAAGAGGAUGAGAAAAUGAGAAGAAGAUCGCAGAGCAAAUGGCAAGAGAAAAAUGUGAAGACACCAAACUUUAGGACACCUGUGUAUGAUGAAGAGAAAAUACGAAGAUCUGACGAAGAGAUGAGAAGGGAGGAAGAAGCCAGAAGACAGGAGUGGUACAGAAAGCAACAAGAAGCGCAAAGAAAGAAGGAUGAGGAGGAACGCAAACGUCAAGAAGAGAAUCGACAACGAGAAGAGCAACGUAGAGAAUUAGAGAGAAGAAGACAGGAGGAAGAGGAAAGAAGGCGACAGCAGCCGCCGUCGAACUUGAUGGACACGAGAUCCCAAAGCAGGCAUCCAAAUGAUAUCGAACGGCGCGAUCGAGACGAAGAGAGACGUAUGCGAGAAGAUGAGGAAAGAGAGAAAAAGCUGCGAGAAUAUAUUGCGCGGAAUCAACCAAUCAACGUCAAUCAUCUUGAUCAAAGAUCGGAGGAGGAAAGACGGCGUUACCGACCCGAAUAUAACAGAGAUUCGCAGAUUCACGAAAUGAACAGGAACGUUGAAGAAUAUCGUCGACAAAUGGAAGAGCAACAUAGAAGACAGGAGGAAGAGCAGCGCAGGAGGCAGGAAGAAGAGCAGCGCAGGAGGCAGGAAGAAGAGCAGCGCAGGAUACAGGAGGAAGAGCAGCGCAGGAGACAGGAAGGAGAGCAGCGCAGGAGACAGGAAGGAGAGCAGCGCAGAAGGCAGGAGGAAGAACAACGUAGACGACAGGAGGAAGAAGAGAAGAAACUGCAGGAUUACAUCAAAAGGAAUCAGCCGAUUGACGUACGGAACAAUCAAUCGACUAGUCGUAACUUGUUCGAGGAGCGAAGACUGAUCGAGCAAGCUAGACGUCGCGACAGAUAUUUUGAUCCAGAAGCGGGAAAACACCGCGGACCAUCAGUAUCUACGUAUAUCGAUCCGCGAAGCUCGCCGGAGGAAAUCCGGCGUAGGCAGCAAGAGACGGCGAGAAGACAGGAGGAAGAGAGACGAAGAAAAAAAGAGCGAGAAGAGAAAGACAGACGACUGCGAGAGGAACAGAUGCGAAAGGAGGCGGCUAGGCGAGAACAGGAAGCGAGACGAGAGCAAUCUAGGCGGUACGAGGAAGAGAGGAAGCGGCUGGAAGCGGUGAGGUUGCGAGAAGAGAGGAGAAGGCAGGAAAUGUUGAGGGAACGGUCCAGAAGCAAAACUGAAAGAACGAGACGGCCGGAAGCCACGAGACCGACCUAUUACCAAGAUCCUCGUCUGAUGGAGCACAGAAGACGACUGGACAGCCACCCGAUUCCGAGUAAUUUGGUACGGAAUGAAGAGGAGAGAAGAAAAGAACGUGAAAAACAACGACUGGAACAAGAGGCCGAGAGAAGACGACAACAGAACAGGUGGAGGCAAAACAGACGGAAUGAGUCCGAAUACGAACGGAGUCGACAGGAACUAGCCAGACUACACUCUUUGCCGAUAAGCGCGAGAAUAAUAGUUCAUCCUAUUAACUUCACACCGUCACCCGACACGCCGACAGUGGUGGAACCAAGGAAUAAUAACGAGAUCAAUUUCACGGGAAUCAACCCGCAUCGCGAGGGCGUGCAAGUAGCGAAGUUCCCUGUCGCCCCGACUUCGAGACCACCCGUUCCGAGUCCAAAACCGUGUGUCUGGGCAGUUGUUCAUUGUUGUUCGUCUAACAACAGUCGUCUCUCCAAGUGUUUCGAAUCGUUGGGUUGUCCCGGAAUUAAUUGGGACCCCAAUCCGUGCAGCAAUUCUAUUGUAGAAGCUGCCAGGGCGGAAAUCAUGAAGUUCUACGAAAGCCAAUAACACUAACUAAGAUUUGUCCUUCGCUCUUUGACAAACGAAUGCCCAAUUUAACACCGCGAAAUAUUGUACAUGUACAAUACACGUAAUUGUGCAAUGUAGAGAAUGUAAUAAUUUUGUUAUAAUAAUCGCAAACUAAAACGAAUAUUUUUUUAUUCGCUUCACUCGUAGUAAAAUAGUGCGUGUUAGACAUUUAUAGUGCGACUCCCCUGAAGGAAAAUUCCUCAUAUGUGGACAAAUUCGAUAUUCAGUUAUGUACAAUCGUACACGUAUGAGAGAGCGUUUCAAUCUCAUAAAAGAUUACAUAUAAUUGUAUGUAACCGAUCACAUCGAAUUUGUCUAUAUGUAAAGAACUGUUUUUCCCGGGUAAUAUUUAAUUGUAAUCAGCAGGCAUUAAAACAAGAAUUUCAACUUUUAUGAAGUAGAGCGCAGUACGUAUUUGCCUUCGGCGUCGAAAA